AUGGCGCUGCGGCCAGGAUCCGGAGGAGGCGGCAGUUUUAUGUAUCCUGUUGGAGGGGGCUUGGGGCAACCACAAGGCAUGGUACCCAUGCAGCAUCAACAGCAGCAGCAGCAUCAGCAGCAGCAGCAUCAACAGCUUCAGCAACAUCAGCAGCAGCAGCAACAGCUUCAGCAACAUCAGCAGCAGCAGCAGCAGCAACAGCAGGGCUUCUCUAUCGGUCCAGUCAUGCAGCCUAACAUGCAGGGGAUGAUGGGAAUGAACUAUGGGGGCCAGAUGACCCAAGGAGCCAUGCCUAUGCAGGGCGGGAUGGCAAUUGGGAUGCAGACCCCCGGUAUGCAGUUUAUAGGCCAGCCACAGUUUAUGAGUAUGAGACCUGCUGGACCCCAGUACACUGCUGACAUGCAGAAACAAAUGGCAGAGGAGCACCAAAAGCGUCUGGAUCAUCAGCAGAAGAUGCUGGAGGAAGACAGGAAAAGAAGACAGUUUGAGGAGCAGAAACAGAAGCUGAGGCUGCUCAGCAGUGUCAAACCCAAGACAGGGGAGAAGAGUCGGGAUGAUGCAUUGGAGGCAAUCAAAGGAAACCUGGACGGCUUCAGCAGGGAUGCGAAAAUGCACCCCACUCCAUCAUCACAGACAAAGAAGCCAGACUCAUCGCCAUCACACCCGUCUGUCUCCACUCACUCACUCCCUGCAGCUUUGUCUGAGGACAAUGAUGAGUUUAGUGACUUUCAGGGGCCUUUAGAUACCCCAGCCUCCUUCUCUCCGCCCUCCUCUUCCUCUUCAUCCACCCUUGGCCUUUCCACUCAGGCCCACGUCCAGCCUGCGUCCCCUGCCCCUCAGACAGGUUUCUCUGAGGACGAUGAGUUUAGUGACUUUGUUCAGGGUCCCGUAAACACUAUCCCCUUCUCCAAUGUCCACAUCUCCUCUCAAGACCAAACCCAUCCUUCCUUCCCCUCCUCACAAUCCCUCCCUGCCUCUGUGUCCGUUCCCACUGCCUCCCAACACUGUGCUGUCAACACCAGUUCCCAAUCUACAUCUCAAGGCCCGUCCCUGGAAGAGAAGCUAUUCUCCUCAUGUGAUCUUACUGCUGAUAAGACGGCCCAGGUUAGCUUUAAAUCCAGGCAGAGUUUGGCUGAUAUGGGUCCUAGAUCUAAAGUUUCCAGCCAGUUUCAAUCCAGCAAUAAAGCAAGGAACUGGGCUGUGGCCGCCAAGGACUUGAGUUCUGUCUUCGUCACUGUAAAGGCACCUGAGGCCUCAGUCUCAGCACCCAGCGUGUCCCCAUCAGCUGUCGAUCCGUCCUCCAAAACCAGUAGUGAAAGUGCAGGUGUUGGCGUGUAUCCACAACAAGAGCACAUUCAGCCCAUGCUGCCAGCCUGGGCGUACAAUGACAGCCUCGUUCCAGAUAUGUUCAAAAAGAUCCUUGAGUUCACCAUGACCCCGGCAGGGAUAGACACAGCCAAGCUCUACCCAAUUCUAAUGUCAUCAGGUCUUCCCAGGGAAGCACUGGGGCAAAUCUGGGCCACUGCCAACCGCACAACACCUGGCAUGCUGACCAAGGAGGAGCUCUACACUGUACUUUCACUAAUUGGUGUGGCGCAGAGUGGCCUCCCUGCAAUGAAUUUGGAAAUCCUCAGUCAGUUCCCCUCUCCACCAGUGCCCAAUCUGCCAUCCCUGACUAUGGCCAUGGCCCCUGUUAUGCCCCAGCACCAGCAGCCCAUGAUAACACAGACCCCGGUCUCUAUGGCCAUGCCAUCACCAACACCACAGAUCAUGGCCAUGACAUCGCUAGCACCAACUCAACCGCCCACAAACACUAACUUCAUCGCCAGCUUUCCUCCGGCACAGGCGAGCAAAACAGAUGACGAUGAUUUCGCGGACUUCCAGGAGGCUCCAAAGGCAGGAGCAAAAGACCAGGACUUCACUGAGUUCCAGGGGGAGUCAGGAGGAAGUUUCCCCCCCACCACAGCACCUCAGCUACAAAACAGUGCACCUGCCAUGCUGACUCCAGUGUCUGGUUCCUCCUCCGCUUCUGUGACAUCCUCUGAUAAGUAUGCUGUCUUCAAGCAGCUGUCUGUAGAUCCGCCUGCAGAGCCUACACCCCAUGCCCCAGAUAUUGGAGAUAAAUACAGUGUUUUCAGGCAGCUUGAGCCACCUGCUGACAAGAAACCAGUUGGGGAAGGAUUUGCAGAUUUCAAGUCUGUCAGCGCUGAUGAUGGCUUCACAGACUUUAAAACCGCCGACAGCGUAUCUCCAUUAGACCCUUCAGAACAGGCCAAAAUCUUCCAGCCAGCUUUCUCCUCUGCUUUCCCAAACUCUCAGUCUCUACAACAGCUACCACAGCAGCAGGCAGCAGUGUCUCUUUCUCAGACUAAAAAUCCCCUCAACAUAGCCGACAUGGACCUUUUCUCUUCUAUAGCUCCGUCUAUUCCUGCUUCUACUGACACAAAACCUUGCACCUUCCCCUCUGUGUCAGCGCCCCCCUCUUUAGUGCUCCGACCAGGUGGAGCUAAACCUCCAGGGGGGGGCUCAGAUGAUUUUGGUGACUUUGCCCUCUUUGGCUCCUCCUCUGACGCUGCUCAACCUUCAGCAGCGGGCGUAGCUGCAGCAGCGACUCAGGACGACUUUGCAGACUUUAUGGCAUUCGGCAGUUCUGGUGGGGAGCCUAAAGGCGACAGCAGAGCGGGAGUCCAAGGGGACACCUCCACGCAGCAGAGGCCUCAGCAGAACUCCGACAAGUAUGACGUAUUCAAGCAGCUGUCUCUGGAGGGAGGCCUCGCAUACGAUGACAACAAGGAGAGUGGCGGUGGCUCCUUCUCAUCCCUCAAAAGCGACACAGAUGACUUCGCUGAUUUUCAGUCCUCGAAGUUCUGCACAGCCCUUGGGGCUUCAGAGAAGACUCUGGUGGACAAGGUGACUGUUUUCAAACUGGGCACAGAGGACUGUGCCUCUGUUAAGUCACUUGACCUCCCAUCCAUUGGGGGGAGCAGUGUGGGAAAAGAUGACUCCGAGGACGCUCUCUCAGUGCAGCUCGACAUGAAGCUGUCGGACAUGGGUGGGGAUCUGAAGCACGUGAUGUCGGACAGCUCUCUGGAUUUGCCGGGUCUCUCUGCCCACCAGCCCCCGGCUACAGAAGGAGACGACCUGAAAUUUGACCCGUUUGGCACGUCGGGCAUCAGCACCCUGACCAGCUUUGACUGGUCAGAAAGGGAGGAGUGUCUGUCGGGUGAGGUCGGACGGCCACAAGUCCUGGAUGGAGCUUCUCUUCCAUCCUUAGGCCCACCCCAGAGGAAGGAGCUCACCGUCGGCAGUGUAGAGAACAUCACAAGCAACUUGGUAGAUGACAAGUUUGAGGCCUUCGCGGACUUCAGCUCUGGUGACCAAGGAGGUGUUGACGAUGAGGACGACUUCGGAGACUUUGCAAGUACCGUUUCUGAAAAAUCCGACUCGCCCGCUGCCACAGCUGACACAGGCUCAGAGGGGAACCAGAGCGAAGCCCCAGAUGAGUUUGCCGCCUUCCAGGGCGACAAGCCCAAGUUUGGCAGGUCGGACUUCCUCAAAGCAAGCACUCAGGCCAAGGUCAAGUCCAGUGAGGAGAUGAUCAAGAAUGAGCUGGCAACCUUUGACCUGUGCGUUCAAGGCUCCCACAAACGCAGUCACAGUUUGGGUGAGAAGGAGAUUGGCCGUUCGCCGCCGUCUCCAGCUCCGGAGCAGCACUUCAGGGACCGAUCUAACACCCUGAGCGAGAAGCCCGCCCUGCCCGUCAUCAGGGACAAGUACAAGGACCUGACUGGGGAAGUGGAGGAGAGCGAGCGCUACGCAUACGAGUGGCAGAGGUGUCUGGAAAGUGCUCUGGAGGUCAUCACCCAAGCUAACAACACCCUGAACAGCAUCAGCAGCUCCUCCGUCUGCACAGAGGUCAUCCAGUCUGCCCAGGGAAUGGAGUACCUGCUGGGUGUGGUGGAAGUGUACCGCGUCACCAGGCGUGUGGAGCUGGGCAUCAAGGCGACGGCGGUGAGCUCUGAGAAACUGCAACAGUUGCUGAAGGACAUCAGCCGUGUAUGGAACAACCUCACAGGCUUCAUGUCUCUGGCCAAGCUCGCUCCUCAUGAAAGCUCCCUAGAUUUCUCCUCCUGUAUUCUGAAGCACGGCAUCAAGAAUGCCAAGGAGCUGGCGUGUGGAGUGUGUCUGCUCAACGUCGAUUCACGCAGCAAGAACAAAGAAGAAAGCACUCUUGGACGUCUGUUUAAACGAGCAUUGACUAAAAACAAUGACAGCAAGUCAAGGGUAAUUAUGUCUUUUUUUUAUGUAUUCCUAUACAAAUAUCAGAUAAUAUAGAACAGCAGAGUGUAGAUUGAAAGCAGAUUUCAAUAUCUAAUCAGGCGUUGGCUCAGUCUGGCUCCUCAGCGUUUAAAUGCAGCUACAGAGGUCGGAUGAAUCAGCAGUCGCUCAUUUAUGUCACCGGCUCCAGGUAGGAGAGCCUGAAUACCCGGGCUCUUGUUUCAGAAGGUUUAAUUACGAACAGCACCAGUUUAAAUUAUGCAAGUGUCAUGCAGGUGAAGUCUGAGAGAAGUCUGAGAGUUUGAGGAGGAAAGGCUCUGCAGUGAAAACAGGAGGUUUUUACAGUGCGUCAUUGUGUGACCACCCUCUAACAUUUCCAGCGUUGGCAGUCCCGAGAGCAUAGAGAAGUAGGUCAGGGCACAAAAGACCUCUGACAGGAGGGCGAGAGAAUGAGCAGAAAUGUGGAAAUGUGUUGAGCUCAGCGUGAGAAAGUCCUUCAUCCAGCAGACAGGUGGAAGGGACGUCUCUGGCUUCAUUGUGUGUUGUGGUUGUUUUCUCUGGAGCUGCUGCAUCCUGCAUGCGUCCCCUCUCCUCCUGCGUGGGAGGCUCUGAUUCACUGCACAUGACUCAUCCCCCUCUCUCUCUCCCUCUCUCUCUCUCUGGCUCCAGCUCCAGUGUUUCACCGGGGAUGCAAACUCUCAAACCGCACGUCGCACACAUUAGCAUCUCCUGAUUGCACACACUGGGCUACAGCUGGGCCCAAUGAACACGCCGACUCGCAGAGUGAGAGUCAGAGCUCCGUGUCUCCAAUUCAAAUUCAUCCGUUAAUUGUCGGCGAAAACACAAUUUACGGCUUCAAACUCUUCGUGUUCAGCCGUUGCAUCACCUUGCGCUUUCAUUACAGUUAUUAACAUUUAGAUUUGCUGUGAUGAAACACUUGCACGAGCAGAUGCAGCCAAAUAUAUAUCUGAGUCAAUGUUGGGUCUUAGCUCCUUGUGUCUCUUUCAGUGUCACGUGGGGAACAUUUAUUUAUUCUGCUACAAUCACAGAAACACCAAGGAGGCCGUGUUGUCUCCGCAGGUCUGUUCAGUAGCAAAAUGUGUCACAGCACCAAGGAGCCUGCUGCUUUGAAUUCAGACAUGAAAGUCAGGAAACAGUGUUAGUAUUCAGGUUUGCUGAAAGUCUAUAGAUUUCUUUAUUCAAUUUUGACACAGUCAUUUAAGUUUAGACGUGAGCAGUGAUAUGUUCACAGUAUGGGGCUCGUGCAUCAGUUCUAAAGAGAUUUACACUUUUCAAUCCUAUCAACUGUUUUUUUGUUAUUUAAGUGCAGUUUCCCCCCCCUCGGUUUCUCUAGUCUUUCCUAGUAGACAUUCCAAGACCCUGCAAAUCCAAAUCCUCUUUUACCAAAGGUGGCUUUUCUCAUGCAUAACUUUGCUGGGAUGUCCUGCAGGGUCACGAAAACAGACGCUGAGCUGUGGCACCUCUGUGCUGCGCUGAGGAAAGAUGUGAUUCAUUCCCUAAAUCAACAAUUAUGACCUUAUUUAGCGAUGUAGUCAAUCAUAAGAGUGUGUUUGUAGUGAUUCUUGAAGGUAAGCAGUGAGGAAAUUAAAAAUAACAGCAGAGCAGAGUGAGCAUUGAAGAGACAAACUAUGAAUGAGAACUAAACUGUGGACUAGAUCUUUAUUCUAUGCACUAUUAGGACUGUUAGUCUUUUUUUAUAAUCAUCAUCACUAACUUUCUGCAUAUCAACUCUGCUUAUCUCAAAGGCAGAAUAGACACAUUGUGUGAUUUCAUUCUUACUUUAGUUCCUUUUCUUAAUUUCUUUGAUCAAAUAGAUUAAAUAAAUGUGAUUUUUAAAUGAAGUUUGAACCGUAUUUGAUUUUGUUUGUCAGAAGCUACGCAGAUGGUUAUUUAGCAGUUAGCAGGACCAUUAUCUCUCCAUAUAAGUAGAUUAUGCAAACUGUGAAAAUUAAAACUUACUCUUCAGUAGCAGUAAGUUGUCAUUUAGAAGUCACUGCAGUUUAGUUUUAAUGUACGGGAUAUCUUUUUAGAUGUUGAGGUAAAGUGUCAAAAAGUCAGGCUGUGUUUUUAAACCCUGUUUUCCUGCUUGUUGUGGCUUUGUAGAGCAGUCCAGUGCUGCAGUAGAGUGUAGACGUCUCUCUUCCUCCUGUGCGCACAGAUGGAUUUCUCGCCUUUUGUGAUUCGGGGGGGUUUCUCAUAUUUCACCCUUUCACUCUGACAGGCGUUCAACUCCGAGACGGACAACUUCAGGCUGCUGUACGGGCGCCACCAGUACCACGCCAGCUGCGCCAACUUCUGGAUUAACUGUGUGGAGCCUAAACCCCCGGGCCUCAUCCUGCCUGACCUGCUCUGAGCUUGAGCUGCA